AUCGUCUCUGCUUUGGUGGGUUCAGGCCUUUUUUCUGUCCUGCGCUCUCAGCGCUGUGGUAGUUUACAUCGCUUACUGGCGGGUCAGAUUUUUAUACCACAGAGUCAAGAAUUUGCCAUUUAAAGAUGGCGCACAAGAACCACAUUUUGAGAAUAUGGCUUCAAAGGAAAGAUCGUCAUCGAGAAACAAGAUAUAUUGUUCUAACGGCUGCCAAGGAGCAUGCGCAUGCCCUGUACUAGAAAAGUAUGGAGAUUUUUCGAYGAGAGAUCCCACAUUCGAGCGUCGCGCUGAGAGAGUUYUGAAGAUAAUCUUGGUGCAUCCWGAAUAYUURGGAGAUAUCCUCCUAACCGAUAGGAACAUUGCAGACCUUCUAGAUACAAGACUUAGUGAGUUAAUUGCCUUGAAACGGAGGAAAUCCAGCUUUAAAAACGAUGAUUUUAUUUCUGAAGAGUACGGUCUUUAGGGCAGCAAAAGAUUGUAAAGCUAUUUUGUUGAAGAGAUGUUGUGUAAAAUAAAAAUUUGGAUAG